CGCCUUGUCUAGUGACGUAAUGACGUGUGGCGCUCAGGAAGCGGGGAGGCCCCGAGUGGCCAGCUUCGGAGCCGGAGACCGGGUCCUUGAGUAACGGGCCCGGGUACCGUGCUAUUUUAGUCAGUGGAUAAUUAAAGCUUAGUAAGGCCUUGCUUUCAGAGGUCAUUGAUUUGAGGGCAAAGGCCAUAGACCGUCGUCUUGGGGAACAACGGUUGUUUGGGUCUCGAGUCCGAGAAUGGACUGUAUGGAGAGCUAGAUACAGGGACCGGGUGAAGCAGACCAGACUGUUUGAGAGGCACUGAGUGUCCGCCUUACCGGUAGUCUUGGGGCAGGUUGAUGUCACUGAUAACCUCACCCUAAAAACGGGACGCCAGGGCAAGAAUCGUGUACGGUGGUGCCAGUCUGUUAAGAAGCACAGCUCGUGCACUUUGCCAUGGAGGGAAUGGACGUUGAUCUUGAUCAGGAGCUGAUGCAAAAGUUCAGUUGUCUGGGAACCACCGAUAAAGAUGUUCUCAUUUCUGAGUUCCAGCGGCUCCUCGGCUUUCAACUUAAUCCUGCCGGUUGUGCGUUUUUCUUGGACAUGACAAACUGGAAUCUACAGGCAGCCAUUGGGGCAUAUUAUGAUUUUGAAAGCCCUAAUGUCAACAUCCCAUGCAUGUCAUUUGUAGAAGAUGUAACUAUCGGGGAAGGAGAAUCUGUACCUCCCAAUACCCAAUUCACAAAAACUUGGAGAGUGCAGAACACAGGAUCUGAAGCUUGGCCACCUGGUGUAUGCCUGCGUUAUGUUGGAGGUGAUCAGUUUGGACAUGUGAAUAUGGUAUUGGUACGCUCUCUAGACACGCAGGAAAUGACAGAUGUCAGUGUGCCAAUGUGCAGUCCCAAUCAGCCUGGCAUGUACCAGGGACAGUGGAGAAUGUGUACUGCUACUGGCUUAUAUUUUGGAGAUGUGAUUUGGGUUAUACUCAGUGUGGAGGCUGGUGGCCUCCUAGGUGUCACUCAGCAACUCUCAUCCUUUGAAACAGAGUUCAGCACUCAGCCACAUCGCAACCUUGGUGGAGACUUCAACCCCUUUGCUUCACCUCAGAAGAGUCGUUCUACAGAAGGAGAAAACAUGAGUACCUGGACAUCUGAAACAGAGACUCCUGAAGGAGAACAGAAUGGACUUUCUCAGACAUCUGUAAAUAUAUGUGCAACGGAUCAUCAAACUAACCAUUCUGUAGCAACGUAUAGAGAGGGUGUGCACGGGCCUUACCCAUUUGGAGAUUCCUAAAAGAAGCUUUAUUUUUCUUUAAUGUCUUUUGUUCUUUUCCCACACCCGGAAAUUGGAUAUCUUCUGCAAGAUACCUAGUGAAGAUUAUUGGGGGGUAGUGGCAUUAUUGACCAUGUGAAUUGAAUUCUGGGUGCUGCCUUUCUUUGUCCUGAAGAGGGUUGUUUUGUUUUGUUGCACAGACUAUACACACCAACCCAGAAAAGUGGGUAAAAUUGUAUAAAAGUCAGAUGCAGGACAUGUAUAAUUCUAAAACAACUGUUUCAAGUCGCCUAAUGCAAAAGUACCAACAAUUUGAUCAUUUAUUCUUGAAGUUGAGUAUUUGCACAUAUAAGUCAGUCAUCCGGUAAGAUGAUCGUUAAAGGGGUUGUCAGGCCUUUACUAAGUGAUGGCUUAUCCUUAGGAUACGCUAUCACUAGCUGAUUGGGUGUAGCUCCAUUGUCAGACCCUCGCCAGUCAGGUAGUGAUGGCCUAUCAUGAGGAAUGGUUAGGCUUCAGUUAAACGUAGAUCAGAAGUUGAUUAGUUAAAAAAAACUUGUCAAUGCUGUUUCUGUACAGCAUUAAAAUGUAUUGGCUCUGUGAAGCCAAACUUCGUUGUGCCCGAAAUCACACGAGACUUCAUUGAAUUUCUACUGUAUUCAUAUCUGCAUAUUUAAAAACAAUUUAAAAUAGGAAUCCGAAGUGGGCUUUAGUACUUAGAUACCAGCCAGUACCAAAGCCCACUUCGGAUUCCUAUUUUAAAUUGUUUUUAAUUAGGCAGAGAUGAAUACAGUAGCAAAUCACCAAAGUCUUGUGCAACUUCGGGCAAGACAAAGUUUGGCUCCACAGUGCCAAUACAUGUUAAUGCUGUACGGAAACAGAAUAAACAUCAAAGUUUUUUAACUAAUCAAUUUCAGAUCUAUGUUCCGAAGGUCAAUUUGCUCCAGCCUACUGAGGAUAUCUUAUCACUUAAUAAAGGCCAGACUUCCCCUUUAAUUGAUGGGGGGGGGGUUAGCACUAGUGAAAAUGGUCAUAUUUUUUAUUUUCUUGAAAUUAUGAUGAUAGCACUGAGUUUUUGAAACCUUUUGGUGGCAGAAUGUUUGCAAAGGUAUAUUGUAUUGAAAUUUGUAUUGAGCUUUUAUUUUUUUUUUCUUUCCCAAGGGAGGGUGUGCAAAUUUACAUAUGUAGUAUUUCCUUUUGAAACAAAGAAAGAACUUGCUAUGCUCCAUCCUUACAAAUAUGGCCAUAUGAAUGUCAUACCACUUUGGUCACUGAAUAAGAAUUCUUUAUCCUCUCAAUUUUGCAAUUUUUAAAUCCAUUGCUUUGUGGGUAUCCUCUUGUGUUGUAUAGAGAUCUCUAAGCCGUAGCAUGGGACCUAUUGACAAGCUUUUAUUAGACCUUUAAAGGGGUUCUCUGGAAAAGAAAAAGAAAAA